ACGUGUUCUCAUACUCACAGGUAACGGGCGAUCGAACCUCUCUGACAUUAAUGGAUACGUUUCUAUAAAUGUGUAAUUAUUAUUUAUUCAUGUUUUGCAGCGUCGAUCGUCACCCGUCCAGAAAUGGCUCAAGACAUGCUUCUUGUAGGCGGUUUCGACAUGAGGCUGCAAGAAAUAGCAGGCUACCCAAACUACUUCAGUGAGGCGGCGCGAUUGGCAUCCUUCAAGGGGUUUCUGAGUAACUCGGCAUGUGUACGAAAGCUCGCUGCCAGUGGAUUUUUUUUUACGGGCAAUGCAGACGAUUGUGUUUGUGCGUUCUGUAUGGUAUUGAUUGGGAACUGGACGCGUGACGAUGAACCAAUGCUGGAUCAUAGUGAAUUCUCAUCGUGGUGCAAGUUGGUCAAUGGCACGGCAACAGACAAUGUUCCCUUGGCGGAGGGCGAGCUUCCCCCGCUUCCGGAGUUGCAGGCCCCGGAGCUUGUGUCUCGGGGAAUAGUGGAAAUGGUGUGUCCUGAAAAUCCGUGCCUACUGGAUCUUAACAUCAUGCUGGCACGCGUUCACAGACACCCCAAGUACAUCGACGAAGGGGCAAGGCUCGACUCCUUCAAAAAAUGGGGCUUUGAGGACACCAUCAAGGGAGAGGCAUUGGCUGAGGCAGGAUUCUUCAACAUUGGUGGUGCGACUGAGGAUAAAACUACAUGUUUUUCGUGCGGCGGGUCGCUGAGGGGAUGGACGAAGGAAGAUAAUGCGUGGGUGGAACACGCAAAAUAUUUCUCGAGAUGUCCUUUUCUUCUUUGUGAAAAAGGAAAAGAUUUCGUCACGGCUGUAACUAAAAGUUUGAAACCAGUGGAAGGGACGAAGGCCCAAAAAUCAGAAGACCCAAGAAUCACUUGCAAAGUGUGUCUCGACGAGGAGGUGGCUGUCCUGUUUCUACCGUGCGGGCAUCUGGUCACAUGCAGAAGGUGUUCGCUGAAAAUGGUGCGGUGCCCUGUCUGUCGAGGCGAGAUAAUGGCGUACACAGUGGCCAUCUUAGCGUAAAGAAAUCAUAUGAUGUAUAAACGGCGUCAAUUUUGAAUAAAUAGCUUAACAAAUA